AUGUCGCAAUCCGGAGCAACCGUCUCGGGCGAGUGCGUGUCCGCAUACAACGACCUCAAGCUUGCCAAGAAGUACAAGUACAUCAUCUUCAAGCUGUCCGAUGACCUUAAGGAGAUCGUUGUCGAGGAAGCCAGCGCCGAUAAGGACUGGGAGAACUUCCGUGAGAAGCUACUAACUGCGACAACGACAUCUAAGACUGGUGCUACCGGCAAGGGACCCCGUUAUGCCGUCUACGACUUCGAGUACAGCCUGGCUUCUGGCGAGGGUGACCGAAACAAGCUUACCUUCAUUGCCUGGUCACCGGAUGAUGCCGGCAUCAAGGCCAAGAUGGUGUACGCCUCGUCCAAGGAUGCCCUAAAGCGUGCCCUGAACGGUAUCGCCGUCGAGCUGCAGGCCAACGACACCGAUGACAUCGAAUAUGACUCCGUGCUGAACAAGGUCAGCAAGGGCAUGGCUGGCUAA